CACUGGAGUAAGUACCAAGCUAAAAUAAGUACAUAUCACCAAACUUGUGCUAUAUUUGUUUCAAUAAAUGACAGUUGCCUUUGCCUUCUUGACAUUUCCACAGGGAAUUUAGACCAUGGAUAUCAACAGCCUUACCAAUGAGAGUAUGAGAAGUGACUACAGUUCCACUCAGUACUAUUCCACCACUGGAGACCCAGACGAUUAUACACCAUGCAAGUAUGAUAGACACGGCGCUGUGUUCCUGCCUGUGUUUUAUUCCCUGCUCUUCGUAUUCGGGGUGAUCAGCAAUGGCCUCGUCAUGUGGGUCAUCCUGAUGUCUGUGAAGCUGCUGAGCAUCGUUGACAUCUGCCUCCUGAACCUGGCCGUGGCAGAUCUUCUGCUGCUCGUCACCCUUCCCUUCCUGGCUCACUAUGCAAGAGCAGACUGGGUCUUUGGGUCUGUCAUGUGCAAAGUCGUCAUGGGCAGCUACUACAUCGGCUUCAACAGCAGCAUCUUCUUCGUCAUGAUCAUGAGCAUCGACCGGUACCUGUCUGUAGUUCAUGCCGUGAAUUUCCUCCAAACCAAAACACGCAGAUAUCGACUCAUCAUGAUCAUCAUAACGUGGAUCGUAGGAUUUUUGGCUUCAUUUCCUGAAUUAACACUCAUUGAUUUUUAUCGACGACGUCACACAAGUUUGUGUGAAGUUGGUUAUAAGAGUGAGCCAACCCAAAGAGCGUUUGGCCUGUUUAAAAUGAAUGUUACCAGCCUUCUGAUUCCAUUUUUCAUCAUGGUGUUCUGCUACUUGAUGAUCCUCAGGAGAAUACUCCUCUGCAAGUCAACGAACAGGAAGACCAUACGCCUCAUGCUGCUGGUGGUUCUGGUGUUUUUCUGCUGCUGGACCCCCUACAACAUUGCAUCAUUCUUCCAAGCCCUAGAAUUGCUCGAAAUCUACACGUCAUGUAAAUCCAGCAAAGCCAUUUGGUUGAGCCUGGAGGUGACGGCGGCUCUAGCCUACUCCCACACCUGCUUGAAUCCCAUCAUUUACGUCUUUGUGGGGGAGAAGUUCAGGAGGCACCUGUUUAAACUCCUGAACAGGAUGCCAUGCAUGAAGAAUAAGUUCAUGAUUUCCACUGCCGCAUCACAGCGGUCCCAGACAAAUAGAACUGAACGGUUCACUAUAAAUAAAAAUGUCACUUCUGUUUAAAUAUCAUAUCCAUGCAACAUUUUAGACAUAUAUGUAGAAUUAUUUUCUUUUAACAUAUAUUCUGUCUCCAGUAUAAACCUGUUCCAUUUUACUUGAAUAGUAAGAAAUCAUUUUCUUU